AUGAGUUUCGCUCGCGACGAUAUCAUUGUUCCGUGUGCAAACCUUCCAUUGGACACCCCCUCGAGAAUCAAUGAGCUGCGACAUGCCAUCAGCUCCAAUCAGCUGAUGAAUUCUGCCCACAACUUGCACGAGUUAAUCGAUCAAUUGUUCAGUUUCGUCAAAAAUAGCCGAAGUACCGAUUCAGCUAGCAUCCAAGACCUUCUGGAGAGUGCCAAGGAGAUCACGAUAUUCGAGGGAUGUCCCUGGUCCAAUUACAAGACCGUCAAAACAUUGGACUGGACUGCUUAUGAUGAAAUUGUUGCUUCGUCCAUUUCAAUCAUGCAGAUUUAUCAUCUAUUAACAUUGGAAGCACUCGAAAAACAAUACAACUCAAACGAUCUCGCUGACGAAGUAUGGAGAAAAAUAUCUAAUAUGCUUAAGAGCGCAUUUGGGCUUGCUAGCGAAUUCCGGGAUCAGGUGUCUGAAUUGCAUCGACCCCACUUCGAUUACAUUUAUCAUCUGAACCAGAUAUUGGUGCAACUUCUGAUCAUUUUCAAGAACAUUUACGUUACACAUAGAGAGAUCAAGGCUAGAUUUGGUGUUUUUGAUCAGGUUCCUGAGAAACUGAAUACUUAUGUUCGCAUACUGAUAUUUGUCUACAACGAAUGUGCAGUUUUGGAGCAAUUGAGGAAAUCUUCGCAAGUUGGGACUUUGAAAAGGUUUGUGGAAAUUCUAUUCUCAUACUAUAGAAGCCUCUUCUAUUAUCACAAGAAUGAGUUAGGGAUAGCCCUUGGUAUCAGCAGAUAUGGCCUUGCCAACAGCAUCGAUCAAUCCAAAAUCAGAUCGAAGUUGCAUAUCAAGGCGAAAAAUUUCAAUGUUAAAGACAAGCACCUUUGGAGUGAAGAAAUAAGGUUUAUGAGAGAAUUCCAAAAUCCAGGAUUCCCAGCUGCAUUUCGGCAUAAUAUCUCUACUGUCGUUGAUAUAUUGCGCAUUCUAAAUUCCAAGUAUGAGAAACUCAACAAUAGUAUCAAUUUUCAGGAAGUGCCUUCCCUUGAAGAAGUGAAGCAUAGAUACCUGUUUGAUUCUGCAGACCUGCCGUCUGGACUUCAAGUGCCGCUGGUAGAUAUCAAUCAUUUCAUUCCAACAUGUCUGAUGGAAGCCACUAACGUUCAAAAUGUUUACUUUUAA